AUGGACGACACGGAGCGACGUACCGCAAAACGAUCUCGGUUCGACCAGACAGAACCCGAGCCGCGCCGUUCUCGAUUCGAUCGCAGGUCGCGUUCCCCACCAGCGAAGAGGUCUGAUCAUGGUCGCGAUGGUCGCGAACGUAGUCCAUUGGGUAAGGAUGGAGAAAACAACUCGCAUGAGUCUAAGAAGAGUCCUGUCGACCCGGCAGCCGCAGCAGCUGCCGCCGCCGCUAAGAUCAAUGCACAGAUCCAGGCAAAGAAGGGAAUCCAGCAUGUAGACGUACCUCCGAUCAAGUCAGCGUCGUCAGCAUCUCCCGGUCCGAAUGCCGAGAGCACCCCGGGCGCCAUCAACACCAACAAUAUCAAUGGCGAAAUGUAUAUUGCCGACGGCGAUUAUAUCAAGGAUAUCGAAGUGAACGACCUGCGAAACCGAUACCUGCUCACGAAGAGUUCCACACAGAAGAUGAUUAAAGAAGAAACCGGAGCUGAUGUCACGACCCGAGGCAAUUAUUACCCGGAUAAAAGCAUGGCCACGCCAUCGAACCCCCCCUUAUUCCUCCAUAUUACCAGCACCUCCAAGACAGGACUGGAAUCUGCUGUUGCCAAGAUCGAAGAAUUGAUGAAGCAAGAACUCCCGAAUUUGGUUGACGAGCGACGGUUUCGACGUAGAGAUCAGGAACAAGUCGAACGUGAUGAGUUUGGAAGGCGUAAAUGGCCAGAGGCGAAAAUCCCGAUUGGUCUCGAAGAGAUUCGAGGUUUUAACCUUAGAGCGCAGAUUGUCGGACACGGUGGUUCUUACGUGAAGCAUAUUCAACAAGAGACCGGAUGUCGUGUCCAAAUCAAAGGACGUGGGUCAGGCUACCUUGAAGCCUCAACUAACCGCGAAAGUGAUGACGAAAUGUACCUUCAUGUUGCUGGUCCCGAUCCUAAGAUGGUCGAGAAAGCCAAGGAGCUAUGUGAAGAUUUGAUCACCAAUGUUAAGGAGCAGUACGAAGAGUUCAAGAGCCGACCACCGCGCCAACACUAUGGUGGUCAUGGUGGCCAUAAUGGUAAUGGUGGUGGUUACGGGGGCGAGAGGUCUUAUGGUGAACGAUCUUACGGCGGUGACAGAUAUGGAGAUAGACAAGGGAGUGGCUCGGGCUCUUAUGGUGGAUACGCUGGUUACAAUAAUUCGCCCAAUCCUGCUGCAAGCUCGGCCUCCCCUGCGCCUCCUGGUCAAGGCAGCCCACAGAAUGCUAACAGCGACUACGCUGCCCAAUACGCCCAGUACUACGGUGGUCAAGAUCCCUAUGCAGCAUACGGUGGUUACGCAGCAUACGUGCAGUAUUACCAGCACUACUAUGCUGCAGCGCAAGCCGCUCAGCAAGGCUCACCAACACCGCCAGUUCCUGGUGCCGCCGUCUCCCCUCCACCUCCUCCACCUAGCGAAGCCCCUCCGCCACCGCCUCCUGGAGGAUCUGCACCACCUCCCCCUCCUCCACCACCCGGAGCUGGAAGCUAUGGCGCUGUCCCCCCUCCCCCUGGACUAUGA